GCUCGCGUUGUCACUGCCGCGCGGCUCCACUCGCCUCAGCCGCCUUUUGUUGAAAGCGGACUCACACCGUGGAGCAAAACCAGUCUGAACAUCUUUCUUUUGGACCCCCGCCCCUUCCGUCUUUUUACCCCCUCCCCUUCGCACACGGGCGACACCUUGCAUGCUCGCAUCCGUGCGCAACUUGCGCCCGCCCGCCCGCCCGCGCCUGCACUUGGACUUGCAUCAUGACUACUAGUUCUAAUUCGGGGGUACCUUGCAGCCGCGCACGUCUGGAAUGCUGGGCACCGCACGGCCGCGUCAUCCGGAGGAGCAUGUAAACGCCAGAGGAGUUUGGGAUUUAACGCAACCAAGGAGCAAUGAUGCGCGUCUUCUCGCUGUGCUUGCUCCUGUGCGCGCAACUGGAUUUAGCCGUGGGAUAUCUGACUGUCACCAUCGAGCCGUUGCCUCCCGUGGUCGUGGGUGAGACCGUGACACUCAAGUGCAACUUCAAGACGGACGGACGACUCCGGGAAAUCGUUUGGUAUCGGGUCACAGACGGAGGCACCAUCAAGCAGAAAAUCUUCACCUACGACGCCAUGUUCAAUACCAACUACUCUCACAUGGAGGACUACCGCAGGCGCGAGGACCUCGUGUACCAGUCAACUGUUCGGCUCCCGGAGGUUCGGAUUUCGGACAACGGACCGUACGAAUGCCACGUGGGCAUCUACGACCGGGCAACCAGGGAGAAGGUCGUGCUGGCGUCGGGGAAUGUCUUCCUUACCGUCAUGGCCCCUCCAAACAACAUCUCCGUGGUGGCCGAGAACACGCCGGCGCCGUUCAGUCGAUACCAAGCCCAGAACUUCACGCUGGUCUGCACCGCCAAGGGAGGAAAGCCAGCGCCCUCGGUCUACUUCAAGCGGGACGGCGAGCUGAUCGAGGUGAUUUCCUACAUUCAGCCUACAGCUGGUGAUCAAGGCGGCGGCGGCGGCGGCGGCGGCGGCGGCGGUGGCUCGGCGGGGUUCCGAGGAGCCAGGCCACUCAUAAGCCGGGACCUGGACGAGACGAAGCUGCAGCGCUCACUCUCCCUGCUGGACCCCGAGAGCCGGUCGGCGCGUUUGUACACGGAGCGGCCGAAGCGUUUCCACACUCAAGGCCUGCAGGCCUCGGAGCCCAGCCCCGCCACAGAGGUCAUACCGGAGACAGUGGUGAGCCGAGAGUUCCCCCGCUGGGUCCACAGCACGGACCCCCUGUACUACUUCAGCCACACGCACAUCCCGCAAAGCGACGGCUUGGUGGUGGUGCAGGCGCGGCUCACGUGGACCCUCAACCCACAGCUGGAUAACGACGCCCUCUUCAGCUGCGAGGUCAAACAUCCGGCUCUCUCCAUGCCCAUGCAAACAGAGGUCACAUUGGCUGCCCCAAAAGGCCCGAAGCUCUUUAUGACCCCCAGCAGGGCCAAAGUCGGGGACACGGUGCGCAUCACUGUGCAAGGAUUCCAGGUAGGACCCCGCGGGAACGAGGUGUUCCCGGAGCCCUUGUUCACCUGGACCCGCGUGGGGGGCCGCCUCCUGGACGGCAGCAGCGAGCGACAGGGCAAGGAGCUGAUUCUGGAGAGGGUCCCGGCCGAGCUCAACGGCUCCAUGUACCGCUGCACGGCCCAGAAUCCUCUGGGCUCCACCGACACGCACACCCGCCUCAUCGUCUUCGAAAAUCCAAGCAUGAUGAAAAACACGCAAAGCCAGAACAGUGGAGCCUCGCACAUGAACAUCGUGGGCGGCUUCACGUGGAUAGCCCUCGUCCUCACAGUGACUGUGGAACUGACGUGAAAACUUGUACGCUCGCACCCAUACGCACAUACUUGUCCUUGUCUCACACACACACACACACACACACACACACACACACACACACACACACACACACACACGAACAUUUAAAAAACAACAACAAAACAUCAGUUUCCUUUCCACAACCUUGCAAGUGUUCUCCGGCUGUCAACAAAACUUCUGUUGGGGUCGCGGUGCUGCCUCCCAUAGGCGCUCCUACUACUUUUUUUUUUGUAACGAAAAUAACCACAAUUACGCGAUCUAAAGAACAUGAUGAACAUGACACCCUCCUUCCUUAUAUCCCAAGUUACACUUUUUUUUUGUUUUUUGUCCCACGUCUGCCUGUCGACCAAUAAAAUCAGUUCAAACUGUUCAGAUUUGACUUUUUUUUUUUUUGGUCUAAGUGUUAUUGCUGUUUCCAUGCAAAUGAAGAGCGGCUCAGGCUAUGCCUCCC